GCAUCGGUACCAUCAACACUGUUAAUUUUAGCCAGUCCAAAUCGCGAUGUCAAAGAUAGCGUACGAUAUACCAGCUCCGAAUGUUUACGUUAUUACACUGAAAACGAUGUUUUUCGUUCGCGAGUUAUUUUUAUGAGUGAAAAUCUGGCCUCUUCUCACUGGAGAGCGGUCGUGCGGUCGCUUUUCGAAAUCGGGACCUACAUUUGAAUAGUUUUCUUAUAAAGGGGAAAUAUAGUGGUUUGUUGACAUUAUCUUAAACUAACUGCCGUUGAGUGCUUGUGGUUUUGUGCUGUGAUUUUGUUUGGAUUUCUACGAGGGAAACUUUAAGAAUUAAGGUGUUACUCGACGCAUGGCGCGUGCGCUGGGGCAGGAUGUCGGGCAUGACGGGCGCCAGCAUGCUGCGCACACGACGCAAAGAUGUCAACCUCAAACCCAACCGGAAAUUGGACCGCAAGUCGUCUCGGGGCAUGCUCUUCGAGAACGAAGAGCUGCGUCUGCGCACCAUCAACAUUAACGCGGAGGUCGAACGAGGGCAGUCAGAUAUAAAGAAGCUCAAGCGAGAAAACGACCAGCUGAAGAGAGAAAUCUCUGCGCUCCGCUACGAGUAUGACCGUCUUGACCGUCUGCUCCGUGACCGAAAAUCCUCGCCUGACAACUCUGACGACAGCGCGUCUGUAUGCAGUGCGUGUCCAGAAUGCGCAAGUGUCGGAUCCGGGAGGGUGUUCCAUGACCUUGAAGCCGUUCCUGAGGAGGGCGAGGAGGGGAAUAAGAAUAAGCAAGCACACGGAAAACCACGGAUUCCACCCACGCCUAAGAAAACGCGUCGCAGUUCUAAUAAAGACUCAAUGCAGACCUUCAGCGGCGUUGAGUCCCCGUGCACAUGCGACGAUUGCCAGCAGCCCGAAGAUAUUCCCAUAACCAAGCAGCCAACCAGCACGCAGAUGACUCCCAUGAUGCCCAACACGCAACCCCAACCCGAGCGACCCGUCGACGUCCUCAUCCACGACAACCAAGAACCACAAUACUUCCAAAGCGUCACAUCACCCCCCUACCACGUCACCACACCGCCCCCGCCAGGCUUCGUCCUCGCCCCUUACCAACCACCCCGAUUCCACACCGGAGGAAACGUAGAAGACUUACUAGGAGACGUCCAAAACACACCCACGAUACAGACAACAUUCAUUCAGCAGAAUUCCGUCUUCAUGUGCGAAAGAAAAGUGAUGCAGAAAUGCUGUUGUCAGAAACGAGAACCGGCACCAACGACGUCGCAAGACGAGACACAGAAGUCUUAUGUGACUGAAAAGAAUAUAGAGUUAACAUAUGAUUAUCCGAGAAACACUCCAGUCACUGCAGCUCCUAGUUCUAAAUCUGGAGAUGACCAUACAACAACAACGACAGAAGUGGCGAGCACAGUUGUAUUCGUCGAAAGAAGGAUACCAGUGAAGCCGAAAAAGUUCGAUUUCUUCUUCAGAUCUCGAUCAGCCCCAGUAGGAGAUCACGAUGAACCUAUUUACGCGACAGUCAACAAAUUACCGAAAAGACUAAGAAGAAUGGAACUAGCCAACUUAGAGAAAGAAGUAGCUUACAAAUCUGGCGAGCCAGAUUCAUCCACGCGAACAGAGCUAACGUUCAAAACCGACUCAGAAUCUCAAGUACCUCAUCCAGAUGACGAUACCAGUAGAUCUGAAAGAGAAAAGUCCGUAGUCCCGCAAAGACCAGAGUCUCCCAAGGCGAAGAAGCGGAAAAGAUUCUCGCUGACGUUCAAAAAGAGGGAGAGAAAAAGAAAAGAGAAAAAGGAUAAAAAGAAAGAGGUGAAGAAUGGAGUAGCGAAGGUGCCGGUGACAGAGAGUGAUAAUGAGAGGUUGAUAGACAAGGAACAAGAGAAGCCCAAGCUCUGCACGCGGCAUCGGCCGAGGAAUACGUUGUCGUCGUCAAGCUCUGGCCCGCGAUACAAGCGGGAUAGCUAUCAGGAGAUGACGACAUCCCACUCAGAGCACGAGCGAACGAACAGCGUGUGCUCAUCCGUUAAUUCCCUGGCUUCAGCAUGCACCCACAAAUCAAGAAAACUCUCCGCCCCGCCUAUCGCUGACGGCUCCAUACCCUGGUGCGGGUGUUGGGGUGCAGGCUGUGUGUGAUAUGGCCCUAGUUUGACCUCCUGGUUAUACUUACAAAUCUGGGAAACUCCGCU